GCCAACGCCAUUGAUGAUCUUUAUUGUAUUCUCAAGCUCCACCAUAACCACUUCAUUCUUAUCUAAUCCUCCUCCGCCGCCUUCGCCUUCGCCUUCUCCGAGAUCAUCGCCACCCAACUCUGCGCUCAAGCCAAGCAUGACUAUUAUCGUCGGAGUUCUCACCACCAUAUUCUCCAUCACUUUUCUUUUACUCCUUUACGCCAAACACUGUCGGCGUUCGCAUAAUGGCUACCCGCCGGGAGGAGAUGUGAUGGCGAUUCGUGCUACCGACAGGGAAAACUCCGGCAUCGACCGGACUAUCAUCGAGUCGCUUCCGGUUUUCCGAUUUGGAUCUUUAAGUGGACAGAAAGACGGUUUAGAGUGUGCGGUUUGUUUGUCCCGGUUCGACCGGAGUGAGGUGCUCCGAUUACUGCCCAAAUGCAAGCAUGCUUUUCAUAUAGAGUGUGUGGAUACGUGGCUCGAUGCCCAUUCCACUUGCCCGCUUUGCCGGUUUCGGGUCGACCCGGAAGACAUUUUCCUCGUGCUCGGUGAAAACGAAAUCUCGCGAGAUAUUGGCAGGUCACCGGAGGUUAAACCAGAAGAGGACAGUGAAGUAGCUCUCAGGCGUGUUUCCGGUAGGCACUCGUCGGCGGAAGAAAGAGGAACCGGGUUACGAAUCUCGGUGGAGUCAUCAUCGGCGGCAGCAGCAGUGGGGGGAAACAGGAGAUCUUUAGACAGUUGGAACAGUAAGAAAAAGACGGCGAAGAAGAUGAAGAAGAAGGAAGAAACGGCGCCUUUAAAGGCGGUUUGCAUAGACGAACACCGGAAAGACGGACUGUUGUUGGCGGCGGAGGAGGAAAGACGGAGGAGCUUCGAGAAACGGUUCGAGCACCGGAUCGUUGUUGGGGCCCAGAGAUGGAGCGACGUACAGCCGUCGGAUCUGUUGUAUUUACGGUCAGAAAUGAUCCUAAGCGACGUCCGUAGAUUGAAAAGAUCUAGACCGUCGGUUUUGCAUGAGGGGAAUAAUGGUUGGUGGCAGAGUGGCAGAGAUGUAAUAAAUUCGAGAAGCGUGUCGGAAAUGACAGGGUUGAGUAGGUUUGGUAGUAAUGAGGUGCUGUCGAGGUGGUUGGCUUGGAAGUCCGAACCUAAAUCCAAACCACCUGUUUUACAUUCCGAACCUAAUUCUUGUUCUUCCAAUGUAUAGACUUCAUUCACUGUUUUCCUUGCUCACCUUACACUUAUUAU